AAGCCUGCCCCGCGUGUCCCUCCGCCGGCUCCGCGUGCUGCGCAGGCGCAGAGGGCCAGACGCUGGAACUGCCGUCAUGGCGGGCGUCAACCCGGUGUCCAAACUCUACAGAUCUAUAAUUGAAGAUGUAAUUGAUGGAGUCCAGGAUCUAUUUGCUGAAGAAGGUGUAGAGGAACAAGUCUUAAAAGACUUGAAGCAGCUCUGGGAAACCAAGGUUUUGCAGUCUAAAGCAACAGAAGACUUCUUCAGAAGUAGCAUUCAUUCACCUUUGUUCACCCUUCAGUUGCCAAACAGCUUGCAUCAAACAUUGCAAUCAUCAACAGCAUCAUUAAUUCCUGCUGGUAGAACUCUUUCACGUUUUACUACAGCAGAACUGGGCACCUCAAAUUCCAGUGCAAACAUUACUUUUCCUGGUUAUCCUAUUCAUGUACCAGCAGGUGUGAUGCUACAGACUGCAUCUGGUCACCUUUAUAAAGUCAAUGUACCAAUUGUGGUGACACAGACUUCUGGAAGAGCAAAUAUUCUUCAGCAGCCAACUCAGCAAGUAUUUCAGCAGAUUGGGCAGCCUUCAAUAAUACAGACUAAUAUUCCGCAGUUGAAUCCAUGUUCUUUUCAAGCAACUACUGAAAAAUCACAGAGAAUUGAAACUGUGUUACAACCACCCACAGUUCUACAUUCUGCACCAUUAGUUAGGAAACACUUAGAAAAUGCCACAAGUGAUAUACUUGUACCUCCUGGAAAUGAGCAAAAAACUUUGUUGAGUCAGCAGAAAAAUUGCCAGGGUAUCAGUCUUCCAGGUGUUGUGUUUGCUCCACCAGUCUCUCAAACAAAUUCUAAUAUGGAGCCCAGGCUCAGUGUUUCAGCUAACAUGACUCAAAAUCUGCAUUGUGGGCCCCUCUCCACAGACCCUCAGGAGGCUCUCCACCAGCACACGACUGAUAUUCAGCGUCACAUAUGUAAAAAUAGGAUAAAUGGAUGUGAUUCUGAAAAGCAGCCAGGAAAUAUAGAGAAAACCAGCAGCACACUUGUAUCAGAGAAGGAUUCUAAUUCUCAGGUGGAUUUAAGUAUUCAGGUAACUGAUGAUGAUAUUAAUGAAAUAAUUCAAAUAGAUGGAACUGGUGAUACACCCUUUGACAAAGAAAUAGGAAAUACAAGAGAUUCAGAUAAGAAUGAAUGUUUAGGGAUUAUUGAUGCGGGAGAUCUAAAGGUACUUGAAGAAGAAGCUGACAGCAUAUCAAACGAAGAUUCAACUGCCAACAAUAGUGAUAAUGACCCUGAAAUAGACAUUGUGGAAGAGGACCCUUUAAAUUCUGGAGAUGAUGUCAGUGAACAGGAUGUGCCAGACCUGUUUGACACGGAAAAUGUAAUUGUCUGUCAGUAUGAUAAGAUUCAUCGAAGCAAGAACAAAUGGAAGUUCUAUUUGAAAGAAGGUGUUAUGUGUUUUGGAGGGAGAGACUAUGUAUUUGCAAAAGCCAUUGGUGAUGCAGAAUGGUAAACCUUAUGAGCUCAGUACAUCAAUUUUGUAAACAUCAGUGGGACUAUAUUGCAUAUUGUGAAACUUAUUUUUAUUUUAAAUAUAGUCAAGCAGAGAGCUGCUAAAUUUUGAGCUCAUUAUAUGAAAUUUAAUAAAAUUAUAAUUCAGAUGCAGA